CCCUUUGCGGUCUCCUCGCCCGCCUUCCGAGCUAGUGCUGAGGUCGUUGGGGACCUCAGCUUUGCGUCCUCUCUCGCCUGAGGGGGGCAGGUUCCCUGGGCCACCCAGCCACUUCUGCAUUUGGGGCGCCUGCUUUGCAUUCAGCUCUUAAACUGGACAAACCCUGGGGACAGCACGGAGCGGCGCGGUGGCCCGACAGGGCGACGGAGGGCUCCAUCUUACUGUGGGGCUCUCUGUGGGUCCCAGGCUGUUCCCAGCACCUCUGCCCCUCAGUGACAGCAGGAGCUGAGCGCCUCCGUUCUCAGGGCCGCAUGUACUUUAUCCCCAGGUGUCCGGAAUCCGGGCUCUCCCAGAGGACAGAGGCCGUGACUCGUGCGGGCCGGGUUUAUAGUGUUCUGAGGAAUUCAAGAAACUUCUCAUGGCUAAGAUAUAUUGGGUUUUUUGAGAGAGGCCUCCCCUUCUGAUGAAAAGAGAACAGAAGAAUGGACUACAGUCACCAAACCUCCCUAGUCCCGUGCGGGCAAGACAAAUAUAUCUCCAAGAAUGAACUUCUCCUGCAUCUGAAGACCUACAAUUUGUACUACGAAGGCCAGAAUUUGCAGCUCCGACACCGUGAGGAGGAAGACGAGUUCAUUGUGGAGGGGCUACUGAACAUCUCCUGGGGGCUGCGCCGGCCCAUCCGUCUGCAGAUGCAAGAUGACAACGAGCGCAUUCGCCCCCCACCAUCCUCUUCCUCCUGGCACUCCGGCUGUAACUUGGGAGCUCAGGGCUCCACCCUGAAGCCGCUCACCAUGCCCAGCAUUCAGAUCUCGGAAGUGGAUGCCCCGCCCGAGAGUGAGCAGACGCUGAGCCCUACAGACUCCAGGGGCCUGAAGCCCCUGCAGGAAGACACCCCACAGCUGAUGCGCACACGCAGUGAUGUUGGGGUGCGUCGCCGUGGCAACGUGAGGACACCCAGUGACCAGAGGCGAAUCAGACGCCACCGCUUCUCCAUCAAUGGCCAUUUCUACAACCACAAGACAUCAGUGUUCACGCCGGCCUACGGCUCCGUCACCAACGUCCGCAUCAACAGCACCAUGACCACCCCACAGGUCCUGAAGCUUCUGCUCAACAAAUUCAAGAUCGAGAAUUCCGCAGAGGAGUUUGCUUUGUAUGUGGUCCACACCAGCGGUGAGAAACAGAAGCUGAAGAACACCGAUUACCCUCUGGUUGCCCGAAUCCUCCAGGGACCGUGUGAGCAAGUCUCCAGAGUGUUUCUCAUGGAGAAGGACCAGGUGGAAGAAGUCACGUACGACGUGGCCCAGUACAUAAAGUUUGAGAUGCCUGUCCUAAAAAGCUUCAUUCAGAAGCUCCAAGAGGAAGAAGAUCGCGAAGUCAGGAAGCUGAUGCGCAAGUACACCAUGCUUCGGCUAAUGAUCCGGCAGAGGCUGGAGGAGAUGGCCGAGACCCCAGCAACGAUCUGAGCCACACGCGGGAGGGGAUCCAAACGCCACAGGGGCUGCCACUGACAUGAGAAGACACGCCGGAAGCUGGGUACCUUACUUCCAUGGAAACGUGUAGAUACAGACCUCUCCAGCUCCCGCCGAGCCACCAUCUGUUGCCCGGAGCAGGAUGGAGAAGCCAGCAGGCAACUCCCAUCCUUGGAUCCCCAGGCUCCACUCCUUUCUUUCACUCACAAGGACUUUUGAAUUUUGUUAUAAGGACCCAAAGCGCGUGCGUGUGUGUGUGUGUGUGUGUACACACAUGAGCACACGCAUGCACACGUAAGCGUGUGCACACAUGGUACAUAGCCACGUGCCUACCUGAUGUUCACAUGCGACUGAACUCCGAGCCCCGGCUCCAUCAUUGUGGAGCCUGACGGUGCGCAGCUGGAGAGCAGGCACGUCGGGGGGUCACCGAUCUGAGGGGCUGACCUCAAUGGCUUCCCUCGAGUGCCAGGGAGUAGCCGCACGUGUUGGGAAGGGAAGGGGACUCCGCACGCUCACCAUUUGGGGUAUUUAUAUGUUGGUAGAGAUUCUCCCUGUACGUCUAGAAGGCCUGGGCAUUGGAAAUUAACAAAAUAGCAGUCCCAGGCCCUCGGGGAAGGUCGGAUGGAAAGAGAACGAUAAAUCAUCUGUGGGUUAGAUGCAAUAACCCCACAAGUUUUUACACUGGAAACUUGGAUCGUUUAAAAUAACGAAGACGUAUGUGAUGAUCUCUGUGGAUUCUGCCUCUGUGUUCACCUCCAUGGCCACGUCUCAGAGACAGGAGGGCAGCCUGUUGUUCCACUCAGCAUGCCAACCCCAACUCUGGCUAGUGUGGACGGGGCCUGGCCUUGUCCUGGGGUGGGGCCCAGAGUCUCCCUCUUUAGGGAGUCACAGAAGCUCCUUACAGAUGUGACGGAUGCCUGGGAGACCAGCCCAUUUCCCAUCAAGGGCUCUCCCUGCACUUGGAGCUGAGGCCAUGAGUUUGAGAUUGCCCUCUCCUUAUGCAUCUGGACUCCAAAGCAUGAGGACAACCCAGCGACUGACCGAGUGUGGGACUCAGGGAAGCUCGGUGGGCUGCCCUGUGAAGGUGCAUAGGGAGGCUGGAGCUUCUCGGAGCAGCCACCUGGGUGAUGUUUAGAACAGACCCCAGUGGGGGGAAAGGGUGGGACGGUGUGUCCCCUCUGGCUCCCAUCAGGAAGACCGCUGGGUAGCUGGGCUGGUACAGUUUGAAGAGGGACAGACAGAGGCUUGGAGCGGGGUGCCUGGCUGUGGAGAUCAACCAAGCAAGGCUGGGAGCUCCUAACAGCAGGUGUCUCAGCCUUGUUGGGGGAAGGUCUCCCCAUCUCUUCACCUCCUCUCCAAGAAAGGUUUGGGGAGCUGAGCAGUUGGCGGAAGGAGAGCCACUGAUCAGUGUCCCCAAGGAAGGUGGAUGUUUGCAGCAGACCCGUUCCUGCCCCCUCCUGCCUCCUCUCCUCUGUGGCUUCCGUGGCCUCUUUAGAUGGCUCACAGCUGUGGUCUUAUUGUUGACUUUCACAAAGAUGGCGUGCUGCCACCUGGCAUUUUGCCGGGGGUCUCCUAGCAAGGCGACCUCCUCCUCGGGGACAGUGCCCCAGCCCUAUGGGACGUGGACUGGAAAUCCGGAGGCCUUAGUCGCAAUCACAGACCUCGGUGGGCCCCUGCAAAAUGCACAGAAAACCCGGGGGCAGGGGGAGAGGCUUCCUUUGUCACAGAUGGGAAAGAGCGGGUUUGUGAAUGCAAACACACUUCCUGAGUUGUGCAUUUGAGAAAAUGACUUCAGAAACUUCUCUUCCAGUUACUUUUAUUUUGAAUGUUCAAAGACUGUGUGGGCCCCAGUGAUUCUCCUUGGUGGGCUAGGCAGAAAGAUUUCCACAGAGCAAAUUACUGACCACUAACUUUUGUUGGACAGCUCUUUCGGGUUUAUACGAGUCCUCUUUGAUUUGCACUAGAACUGCGAGAGUUUAAAUAGGGAAAUGUGGCAAAACGUCAGGUUUGCCAGCUCCCUUUCUGAGAAAGCGAUACUAAGGUAAACCUGGUUUCUUAAAGAUGGUGGGGGGGGGUCAGGGUAGAAGUCGGGGGGAUCACAUCUUAGAAGAUACAUUCCAGUUACCACAGGCUGUACUUUUCCAUUUGGCCCACCCCGUCUAGAGAUCAUUUCGCACGUCCUAAUAACCCGAUCAGGAAUUUUGGAAAGGUCCUUUGAAACAGCAGCGGCUGAAACAGAGACACUUCUCCACGGUGUGGAGCCGGAUUUUCUCACUGGUAUCACAUGGCUUUGCAGCUUUGAAUUCCUCUAGUGAUUUGUGUGGGUUUAUGUCAUUGCGUGCAAUGAACCUGAAAUCGUGUGAAGAACAAAAGGCCAAUUUAUAGGGUUUUUUCCCCUAACUUGUGAAAAGCCGAAUAGCCACAUCUGGCUUUCUUUUUCUAGGGGCUUGUGUUACAAGGUGAUCAAAUGAAGGAAAAGCCUGGCUGGGAAGGGGGUCCCUUCCCCCAGGUGGUGGUGGAAUUAAGCACAAGGUCACUUUCUUGGUGAUCACAUGAGUGGGCAGGAGAUGAGUUAAAUGCGGGGGGCGUGAACAGGGGUAUCUUGGGGAGGGACUGAGAAGCACAAACAGCAGGCCUGCCUGUGCGGACUGGUGAGGAAUGUGUGCACUGGGCUCCAGGCUGAUGGACUUGAAUUCUACGUGAGGUUGAGGGGGGAGGAGCUCAGAUUAGCCCCCCACCUUUGAGGAAAAUGCUGGGACCAAAAGCCGAGGUUUUGGUCUGAGACUUCAAGGAGAAAUGUUUACACCCUUCCCUUUUCCCUACCAGAAAGAAAAUAACACUCUGUCCUGGAGAUGGCCAGAUAAAGACAUUUUAUCAUCAUUGUAGAUGAGACUUUGCAAUAGAAUGACACACACACAAAUCUGUUCUCAGAUGCAAAACAUCUUGGCACAAAUUCUUAUCUUCAGGGUUGGGUGGUUAUUUCAGUGUCAGGAACAAAGAGGAGCGAUGGCUCCCAGAAGGCAAGACACUCUCUUAAGAGAAGCUCUCCUCCAAAGAAAAAAAAAAAAGAAGGCCAAGCUCCGUAGCGGGGAGAAUGUGGUGUCACAGGUAGGUCACCAAGAGAGGAACUUUCUGUGAACGAGGGAAUUUCAGGGCCUCGUGGCCAAACCAUGAUGUGGGGGCUGAGACGGCAGGCAGGGGAGGUCUCCAGCAUCCUCGAGGCCACACACACAGUUUUGAGUUGUUACUGCAGUUGUUGUAUACAAAGGCUUGCUUGAGUCAGGCGAGGUGAGAAAUGAUCUCCGAGAGAGAGGUAGAGAUACGGGUGAAUCCGGCACCCCUUCUUUCAGGCAGAACUGAAAGCGUUUACCCUGCCACGGGGGGUUACAGCGCCCCCUGUGUUUGAACCAAGCACAAGACGUGGACAAGCUGGGAAGGGAAAGCCUCAAGUUGCCCUUGGAGUCUUCCCCGCGGAUUGCAGACCUGCUCCCCAGGCCGACGGUUUGUGGUGCUUUACUCUAGUGUUUCUUCAGGGUUUCCCCACUUGUGUUAGCUUUGUGAGUAUUCUUUCCUUCAUCAUAACUUGCCUCAACCAUGGUACAUGACCUGGGUCAGCAUUUGGUUCUGAACGUACAGACUGAUGCGUCUGGGUGUUGUAACAUAAUUUGACAAGGCCUCAGGAGGGAGCCAUAAAUGUCUGUAACAUGUUGGUAUGUUUUAAUGCAGCUAACUUAGAUCUUGUUGAAAUAAAGCACUUUUCAAAGAGAA